AUGUUGCCAAUUUCCCCAUACGAGCCCGAGGAAGGUGAUCCGAUAAUCUUGGCCAAUUUAAGCUGCCAGGUCAAAUUCAUCUUCAUGUUUGAGCGUUCAGGAGAACUGAAGGUCCAGAAGGUGGUGUCAGGCACGUGCUCAGGGGACAUCUCGAGGACUUUUGGGUCCUAUAUUGGGCUCGGGACGGAGGAGAACAGCGAAAUCAUCGUCGCAUGCAUUCACCACAAAUUCAAAAGGACUGCAGUAGCAUCGAAUACCCCUAGCGAGAUUCUCAUUACUGUCAUCUCGAGGGCAGGUAGCGAUGAAGUUCAGGGGCGACGGAUGUCGGAAACAGCUCGGGAUUCGUCGAAAAUCAACAAAGUCACCUCGAUGCUGGGUGGUCGAGGCGGCGGCGGGCGCGGGCAGCGCCAGAACUACGCGGACAUUCCCAAAACGAAUGAGAAGCUAGAGCGCUUUUAUACUGAACAAGGUUUUAUUCCGGAGGAAGAGAGAGAAGCAUUCUGGGAGGCUCUCCGGAGGGACCUCCCAAAUAGCUUCCGAUUCACUGGUUCCAAAGGGCAUGCCCUUGCUGUCCAGGAAAAGCUCAAGAGUCACUAUAUUCCCGAGAUCACCUCGAUCAAGUAUGAGGGUAACUUUGUCGAGCCGCCACGCCCAGUUCCUUGGUACCCUGACCAGCUCGCAUGGUGGAUGACGACCCCCAAGAAUGUCGUCCGGCGAUUCAAGCCUUUCGCCUCAUUUCAGAAGUUCCUUGUCGCCGAGACGGACGUCGGAAAUAUCACUCGACAGGAGGUUGUGAGCAUGAUUCCCCCACUGCUCAUUGACGUCAGACCCGGCAUGACCGUUCUGGACAUGUGCGCCGCACCAGGAAGUAAAUCUGCGCAAUUGAUGGAAUUGCUUCAUGCGGGAGAGGAAGAUGCAAUGCGCCAGGUCGCCCAGCAAGUGAAGGAAGGGAAGGCAGGGCCGGAACCUAUGGGGCCCGAGGGUCUUAACGACGAUGGCAGGCCCACUGGUCUUCUCAUCGCCAACGAUUCCGACUUCAAACGUGCACACAUGCUUGUCCAUCAAAUGAAGCGACUGAGUUCUCCGAAUCUUAUUGUCACGAAUCACGACGCCACUAUGUAUCCCUCCAUCAGAUUGCCUCCUCUCCCAGAACCCGACGGCAAGCCCCAAAAGAACAGAUACCUGAAAUUCGACCGCAUCCUCGCCGAUGUCCCUUGCACCGGUGAUGGUACUGCCAGGAAGAACAUCAGUGUGUGGAGAGAAUGGGGCCCAGCCAACGCCCUGGGUCUGCACGCUACGCAGGUUCGAAUUCUUGUUCGUGCUCUGCAGAUGCUGAAGGUUGGUGGACGGGUAGUCUACUCCACUUGCAGCAUGAACCCUGUCGAGAACGAGGCCGUUGUUGCUAGUGCCAUUACUCGCUGCGGAGGCUCGGCCAAUGUCGAAAUCCUCGAUUGCAGCAAUGAACUGCCCGGACUGAAGAGAGCUGCUGGCGUGCACACAUGGAAGGUCAUGGAUCGCGAGGGCCGUAUGUACAACAGCUGGAAAGAGGUCGAAGAGCAAAGGGAGCGUGAAGGCAUCAACCGCCUGGGCCGGAUCGGCGAAGGCAUGUUCCCGCCUACCGGAGAGAAUGCAGACUUGCCUCUUGAGAGAUGCAUCCGCGUCUAUCCUCAUCUCCAAGAUACCGGCGGUUUCUUCAUCACUGUCCUCGAGAAGAAAUCUGAAAUUCGCGCCAAGCCGGAAGACUCCUCUAAGGUCAUCCCCAAGGCCUCCAUUGCAGCUCUGACUGAGGAGCUCGAUUUCAAGCAGAAGCACGGAAACGGGCAGCCUCUUGAAAAGCUCGAUGCCUUGGACGAUCUGGUUGCCCUCGAUUCAGAGGCCCAGAUGGAGAUCGAUAAGAACGCCUCUGUUGCUGAAGCGACGCACCAAGUGCCCUACUCAGCAACGAACCAGAUCUCGCCUGCAAAGAGAGAUGCAGAGGACAUGGAAGAUGAGCUUCCAGCCAAGAAGGCCAAAUUGGAGGAUGGUACUGAAGUUGUGCUGGGUGAUCGUCCAAUCCACCGUCCUCCGCCCGAGGCAGAGAAUCCUGAGGUCUCUGAUGCCACGCCUACUCCGCUCCCUACGGAGACCCCUCAGCCCGACUCAACCGAGACAAAGCCCCAGGCCCCGCAGAAGCGGAAGCCGGGCCAGCCGAUUGAGGAACCAUUCAAAUAUCUGGAUCCCAACAACGAGGAACUCGACCCGAUUUUCAAGUUCUACGAGAUCUCCGAGCGGUUCCCACGCGACCGUUUCAUGGUCCGCAACGCGCAGGCCAUCCCCACGAGGACUAUCUACUACACCAGUGCAUUGGCGCGUGACAUCCUGAUGGCAAACGAGGGUCAUGGCAUGAAAUUCGUGCAUUGCGGUGUGAAGAUGUUUGUGAAGCAAGAUGCACAGCGCCCCAACGUCUGCCGCUGGCGCAUCCAGACCGAUGGGUUGCGCAUCCUUGAACCCUGGGUGGGUCCUGGUAGGGCUGUCGUCCUGACCAAGAAGGAGACCUUGCGCAAACUCCUCGUAGAGAUGUUCCCCAAAGUUGCCGAUGAUGGCUGGAAGGAUCUUGGCGAGAUUGGCGAACGUGUGCGGGAUAUCGAAAUGGGCUGUAGCAUUUUGUAUGUUGAGCCCGAGGAGAACUUUAGUGAACACAUGGUGCUCCCACUUUGGCGGUCGCUGCAUUCCGUCAACCUCAUGCUUCCCAAGGAAGACCGUCGUGCAAUGCUCCUACGUAUCUUCAACGACGAGCCUCAGCUGCUGAACAUUACUCAGCAAGGCACGCCUCAAACCUCAACUCCGGUAACACCCGCGGUCGAGCCGACGAAUGAGGAAGACGUGUCUGGCAUGGCUCCUACGGAAGCGGAAGAGAAUGCGCUGAAGCAUGAGAAUCUUGUGCUAGGCGAAGACCAACAGGAGCAGGUUGAUGCUCGGGAGACGUGGACCAAGGCCGGUGACGAAGAGGACCGGUUCAACACAACUGUAUAA